AUGCCUUUUCAGGGUGAAGAAAUUGUUACUGUACAAUUCUCUGCAAAUGCUUCCCAUCCUGAUGACCUUCGUCUUCAAUAUAAUGUAAUUCAGGCAUGGAUGAAUGCUAUGGUGCACUCCAAAACAGACAUUUUGAUGAUUCCUCUUGUAGUCUGUCUAUUUGCCUCACUUUUGGCAACUCCUCUGGUCCUGUUGGCCAUCUUUUCAAACAGCAGCCUUCGUCAGGAGACCAGGUAUCUGCUACUUGCCAAUACUUUGGCUAAUGAUUUGAUUUAUUCAAUACUGAACACCUCCAUUGAUGCCCUUAAUGCCGCAGGUGUGGGAAUGCCUAAACUUGUUUGCGAAACGCUCUUGUAUGUGCUAACAGUGGCUUAUUGUAAUGGGAUCCUGACAGUCACAGCAAUGGUGGUGGACACUUAUGUGGCUGUGGGUUGGCCUCUUCGUUACACCUCACUUCUACCACACACCCGAACCCUUAAAAUCAUCGUUUGUAUAUGGAUUAUCUCUGCUCUCGCACCAUCCAUCGUCUACAUAAUAACACUGGGAACUCAACAGAAUCCAUUCUCCACAUUGUCAAUUUGUAUUUUACCUUUGAUACUUGUGCUCUCUGGCCUUCAUUCGUCUCUGUCAAAAAUUUAUUACAGUUUCACAGUAAUCUACUUUCUAAUAUGUUUAAUGCUGAUCUUCAGUUGCUAUGUCAUGUUAUACUGCAAAACAAGGUCGUCAGGAAUAUGGGCUGGAAACUCCAGGGCUAGACAGACCUAUGUCAUCAAUUCAGUGCUGUUCAUUUUUUAUUUCUUUCCGUUGAUUGUACUGGUGACUGGGGGUGCACUCCAAGAACUGCAUCUGAUUUCCUAUAUGACGGGACUUUGGAUCACGCUGUCAAUGGCAAAUAUGCUUAUGAUGUUACCCAAGGCAAUUUCUCCGUAUGUUUAUGCGUUCAGGUAUCGAGAAGUCACAAAAACAAUCUGGUCUUUAUCGAUGCUAAGGCAUGUUCGACGAGUAAGUCCAACUGGUUAG